AUGUCAUUAUUACUGAAACGUACCGCCGGUGCUACUGUAUGUUGGGGACGCAACAUUUUGAACUAUGUGAAGACUCCUGUCAUAGUGCGAGUUGCUACAAAAGCUAAUCAGGCUGGCCCCCAGGCCGAAACACGGCCUACUGUGGCCAAAGUUGAUCCUCUUCAAAAAACCCAUCUAGUCGACUUUGGCAAAUAUGUUGCAGAAUGUUUGCCCAAAUACAUACAAAAGGUUCAACUUACUGCUGGGAAUGAAUUGGAAGUUCUUAUCCCUCCUGAGGGUGUUAUUCCAGUCUUGCAGUUUUUAAAAGACAACCACAGCGCUCAAUUCACCAAUCUUGUGGACAUUGCUGGCAUGGAUGUACCUAACAGACCCAACAGGUUUGAGAUCAUUUACAACUUACUGUCUCUGCGGUACAAUGCCAGGAUUAGAGUCAAGACAUACACUGAUGAACUGACUCCUGUCGAUUCCGCCAAUGAUGUCUUCAAAGCUGCAAACUGGUAUGAAAGAGAAAUCUGGGACAUGUAUGGAGUAUUCUUUGCUAACCAUCCUGAUUUGAGGAGAAUUUUGACUGAUUAUGGUUUUGAGGGUCAUCCAUUUAGAAAAGAUUUUCCAUUAAGUGGCUAUGUGGAGGUACGCUAUGAUGAUGAACAAAAACGUGUGGUAGUAGAGCCUUUGGAAUUGGCUCAAGAGUUCAGGCGUUUUGAGUUAAGUGCCCCUUGGGAACAAUUCCCUAAUUUCCGCAGCAAUCCUGCUUCUGAAGAAGUAGUUAAUGCAGCUGAUGAGAAGGCGAAACAAUAA